CACGUCGACUCAACUGCAUUAGUUCCGUGUCCAGUGUCAUUUUCUUCUUCUUCCGGGCACGUUAUUGUUGCAUCAGCACUGAGACAACAAGUACUGCAGCAAUGUCGACCUCAGCGGAGCCAGCGAAAGGGAAGCGGGUUCAGCCACUCUGGUCUCCACCAACAGGAACAGAUGUUCCUCAGCUUCACCUCUACAACAGCCUGACAAGAGCAAAGGAACCAUUUGUACCUCAGAAAGGAAACAAUGUCACCUGGUACUGCUGUGGACCGACAGUCUAUGAUGCCUCACACAUGGGACACGCCAGAUCCUACAUCUCCUUUGAUAUUCUACGACGUACGCUAAAGGACUACUUCAAAUACGAUGUCCUCUACUGCGUCAACAUCACAGACAUUGACGACAAAAUCAUCAAACGUGCUCGACAAAACUACCUUGUAGACCAGUACAAGCAGAAGCUCCCACAAGCUGCUCAGAUACUGCAGGACGUCCUCACAGCCAGAGAGCCAUUCCAGGCCAAUUUAGCAUCGACCACUGACCCAGACAAGAAGCAGAUGCUGGAAAAGCUGAACACGGCUGUUGAUGCGGCUCUAAAACCUCUUCAAGCAGCAAUGGAGAGUGGGGAUGGAGACAAACAGAGUCUGGCCGAGGUGCUGUUGGAGAACGCCAAAGAUAUGCUGGCUGAUUGGUUGGACAAACAGUUUGGAAGUCAAGUAACGGAGAACUCCAUCUUCUCAUUGCUGCCUAAAUACUGGGAGGGAGAGUACCACAAAGACAUGGAGGCUCUGAAUGUUCUGGCCCCUGAUGUCCUGACCCGGGUCAGUGAGUACGUGCCAGAGAUUGUGGACUUUGUGAAGAAGAUCAUCUCUAAUGGUUAUGGGUACGAGUCCAAUGGUUCAGUCUACUUCGACACUUCCAAGUUCGAUACCAGUUCAAAGCACUCGUAUGCCAAACUGGUGCCAGAGGCUGUAGGAGACCAGAAAGCUUUACAGGAGGGAGAAGGUGACCUGAGUAUCUCUGCUGACAGACUGAGCGAGAAAAAAUCCCAGAAUGACUUCGCCUUGUGGAAGGCGUCCAAACCAGGGGAACCAUCCUGGGAUUCUCCAUGGGGGAAGGGACGUCCAGGUUGGCACAUUGAAUGUUCAGCUAUGGCUGGUUCAAUCCUGGGAGAGUCUAUGGACAUCCAUGGAGGAGGGUUCGACCUCCGGUUCCCCCAUCAUGACAAUGAGCUGGCUCAGUCCGAGGCUUACUUUGACAACGACUGCUGGGUCAGAUACUUCCUGCACACUGGGCACCUGACGAUCGCAGGCUGCAAGAUGUCCAAGUCUUUGAAGAACUUUAUCACCAUUAAAGACGCUUUGGCAAAGAACACAGCCCGUCAGCUUCGCCUGGCCUUCCUGAUGCAUUCUUGGAAGGAUACUCUGGAUUACUCCUCAAACACCAUGGAGUCAGCCGUCCAAUACGAGAAGUUCAUGAAUGAGUUCUUCCUCAACGUAAAAGACCUCCUGCGGGCUCCUACUGACAUCACAGGCCAAUUUGAGAAGUGGGAGGAUGCAGAGAUGGAGCUUAACAGCAGCUUCUAUGACAGGAAGUCUGCCGUCCACAAGGCUCUGUGUGACAACAUUGAUACCCGCACGGCCAUGGAGGAGAUGAGAGUUCUGGUUGGCCAGAGCAACAGUUACAUCGCCAGCCGGAAAAGCGCUAAGCUGAGACCAAACCGCCUACUGGUGGAGAGCAUCGCCGUGUACCUCACCAACAUGCUGAAGAUAUUCGGUGCCAUUGAAGGUUCUGACCCUAUAGGUUUCCCGAUGGGAGGACAAGGUCAAAGUGUUGACCUGGAGAGCACAGUGAUGCCGUACCUCACAGUGCUGUCAGAGUUUAGAGAAAAUGUCCGGAAAAUUGCACGAGAGCAGAAAGUGACAGAGUUGCUGCAGCUGUGUGACGUAGUUCGUGAUGAUACACUACCAGAGCUCGGAGUCCGCCUGGAGGAUCAUGAGGGAUUGCCCACAGUGGUGAAACUGGUGGACAAGGAAACAUUACUGAAGGAAAAAGAGGAGAAGAAGAAGAUGGAGGAAGAGAAAGUGAGGAAAAAGGAAGAGGCUGCCAGGAAGAAACAGGAACAAGAGAUGGCUAAACUGGCCAAAAUGAAAAUUCCACCAUGUGAAUUGUUUCGCUCAGAGACAGACAAAUAUUCCACAUUUGAUGAAACGGGUUUCCCCACACAUGAUGCAGAAGGGAAGGAGAUCAGCAAAGGACAGGCAAAGAAACUUCGAAAGCUUUAUGAAGCCCAAGAGAAACUUCACAACGACUAUCUGCAGAUGAACCACAAUGGAAACUGAUGUUUUUUUUCUCCCUUUUUUUGUACAAAAAGCCAUCCUCCAAUAGAGUUUAAUACUAUGUGAAUAUUUUCAUCAUAAUGACAUUCUUACAAUUUAGUUCAAAGAACUCAUUAGCUAUUAAUUUUAGGGAAAUAUGAGACAGUUUUGUUAAUCACAAACAUCGGAAUCAUGAAGACUACAAUGUAAAGAGUCACCUGAUCUCAUCACAUCAGGUGUGUCAUCAGGGAGUCAGCAGUGACCGUGAGGAGGAGAUGAGAAGUCAAAAUUAAAAAAAUAUUUCCCUCACAUUUAUAGUGUUUUUACAAAUCACACUUUCCAGUCUUUUGUAUUAUCAUGUGCAAACCGUUCUGUUCUUUGGACUUAUUUUUCAACCACUUCCUACAUAUUUUUCUAACCACGUGAAGUGCAAAGUGAGUGAUCUCACCUGACAUUAUGGUCUUUAAACAGGAACACCUGUGACCCAGAGCCCUCAGGACUGUGGGUCAGAGAAGCUGUUAAUGAGUCUCCAUAGGAUUUUUACAUUACACUGUUAACCAUAACUUUUCAUAUUAAAGAAUUAAUAUUGAUGAGUUUUGUUUCCACCAGUUGGUAAAAUCAAAUGUGAUGUUUUUCAUUCACGCCACCGCCUGAGCUUCUUGGAACUUUAGAUAAUGAAGGACCGCGAUGUUUUUCUACAUCUAUGAAAUGCUACACUCUGGUUGAUAGUAGCCGGAAAGUUGUUAGCAGGUGGUUUCAGUAUUAAUACUUCAUUCAGAAAGCUACAUUCAGACUGUUGGUGGUCAGUAUUUAAACAACUUACGAGAAAGUCGACUCACCUGCGUGUAAACUCCUCAGGAUACAGUCAAAAAAGAAGGGUAGAGCUUUGGCUAAUUACGCAUCAGUGCAAAGACCAAUGGGAACAUUCCUAGCUAACUUGUGAUUGGUCAGAGCCGUCUACUUUAGAAUCUUAAAACUUUAACGGCUGGCGCUACAACGCCAAACGGCUAAAAUAAAACAAAAAUCCAUCCCUUUAUAUCCGUAUUUUACCGGAUGUUGCCUGUGACUUGGUAAAAGUAACUCAUGCUAGUUGUCAAUAAAGCUGUUCACGCAGAAA